CGACACCACCGACUUGCAACACAAACACCCACCCCGCACCAUGCCCUACAUCUCCACCGAGGCGCUCGUCGGCGCCGCGCUGGUGGUGGUCCUCGCCUUUGGGUACCAGCUCAUGCCCAAGGCGACCGACGCAGCAGGCGGCAGCGCCAGCGGCAGCGGCAAGAAGAAGAACAAAAAGUCGAAAAGGAAGGCGGCGGGUAAGAGCGGUGCAGGCAACGGCAACAGUGACGACGCGCCCUCGGCAGCCAUUAGCGAGGUCGAGUCGGACGCGCCAGCCAAGCCGAAGAAGGGCAAAAGCAAGGGUGCAGCGGCGAAGGCCACGCCAGCGCCGGUGACGGCGCCGGCGCCAGCUGCCGUGGCCGUCGACAGCGCACGCGACCAGCCCAAGGCUGCCCCCGCGUCCUUUGCCGCCGCGGCUGGCGGCUCCAGUACCCCGUCGACGCCGGUCAAGCCCAAGACGCUCGCUGAGAAGCUCGUGCCCAAGCCGCGCAAGACCAAGGUCGACGACAUGCUCGAGCCCGAGGACCGCGCUCCGCAGCUCGCGCGCGUGAUGAAGAUCACGUCGGCGUCGUCCCCGGCGGCCAGGCCGGAGCCGGUGCGCCGCCUGUCUGCGGCGGAGAAGGUGCCGAACUUUGAGGAGGACUACACCGAGUCGACGAGCGACUCGGACGACGAGGCGCCGGCGCCGCGUGUGCAGGAGGACGCGUGGAACGUCGUCGCGUCGAAGAAGAAGCCGGUCUCGGUGUCGAUUGGCGGCGCACCCAAGGUGUACAAGCACAGCGCGGACACGUCGGACGGGCUCACCAAGAUCCAGCGCAAGAAUGCCAAGAAGGCCGACGCGAAGAAGGUGCAAAAGGCCGCCGAGGAGGCCGACCGUCUCCGCCGCCUCGCGCAGCACAAGAAGACGCUCGAGCGCGAGCGCAUCAACGAGAUUUACCAGAUUAACAAGAAGGUCGAGCGUACGAACGGCAAGGUGUUGUCUGGCGGGCAGAAGGCGACGAUUGAGAACGCACAGGAAGGCCACCUGCGGACGCAUCUCGACGCCGAGCUGGCGCAUCUGGAGCGAGACGGCAAGAAGCACGCGCUCCACUCCCUCACGGCGACGCUGGACCGCCUCAACCCCCUCCUCGAAGGCAUCCUCUCCAUCCCCGCCCCGGACCCGUGGGGGUCCAUGCGCACGAGCUACCUGCUCAACCUGACGCCCGCCGCGGUGGGGUAUCUCAUCUCGCUACCGCUCAUCCCGCUUGCCGGCGAGCCGGGCGUGAGCGACGAGGACGCCGCGGCGUGCGCUAUGCGCUGUCUGCUCGACUUUGUCGCGCUGCUCGAGAGGGGAUGGGUCGCGGCGCUGCGCGGCGAAGGCUGGGCCGAGGGCGGCGGAGGCGUGGCUGUCGAGGGAGGUGCAGUCCCGGACCAGACGGCGCGCGUGCGCCUCCGCAGCAUUGUAGGGUUGGGCAGGGAGAAAAUGCUCGCCUGGGCCAGGCCGUACGGCGAGUUCCGCGGCCUCGUCCUCGGCCCCGAGGGCGUCGAGGGCGAGUUCAUCCCCGAGGAAGAGGAGAGCGGGUGGGAGGCAGAGGUUGUGCACAUGUGGGACAAGAUCAUCGCCGCCCUCGACGCGCUCGCGGGCGACGAGGUCGGCACACCAUAUGAAUAG